AUGACAUUUUUUUUAUCAUCUUAUUGUCAUUCGCAUAUAUCUUUUCUUGCAAGAUCAUUAAUAUUUAUAUUAUUUUCUCAACGAUUUAUUCCAUAUAAUAUGGCAAAUUCAAGAGCAUAUAUUCCUUUACAUGCUCUCCGUAAAAUUGAUAUACAAUCAAUACUUAAUGUUGCUUUUCCAUUGUUAAGUAAUGAGGAAACUCAAAGACGAUUUGAUUAUCACCAUAGUCGUCGAACAAUGCUUUAUUUUUUAUUAUCAAUGUAUAAUACACCAAAUAAUGAAGAAAUAAUUGAUUCAAUAAAAAAAUAUUCGUCGAAAAUUGAUUUAUCACGUAUUGAAAAAGAUUAUACCUAUUUAAAAAAUAUGAUUGAACCAUAUAAAGUAGAACAUCGCGCUGAAAAUUUUGAUGAUUAUUGGGAAUUAAAGAAAGCAGCGAAUAGACCAGGUCCAAGACAAUCAUAUGAACAUAUAUUAAAAUAUCGUCAAGAAGGUUUUCAAGAAAAGGAACUUAAACUAUACUGGAAUUAUGAUCAAAUUCGAGAUCUAAAUAAAAACGAUUGUUUUAAUCCAAGCACAGAUAGUGAUACAAAUGAUGCUCUAUUACAAUCACCUGUUAAUACACGUCAAAAUUCUGGAAUAAUAAAAUUUGUUCAAGAUGGCAUUGAAAAUGCUGUUUUUCAAGUUCCAGAAGGCAAACAAGUUAUUGUUCUUGAUUUUGCUGAUGAACGUAUGCCUGGUGGUUAUUUUCUUGAGAAUGCUCGAACACAAGAAGAAGUUAUUCUAUAUCAUUCUGAUGGUUAUCGUGCAUUAUUAGAUUUAAAAUAUAAAAUAAUGGAUGGAGGUUAUAUGUUACCUGAAUAUGGUGUAGCUUAUAUCAAACGAGUACGAUUUUUCCGAGAUACACAUUCAGAAGGACGUGUUACAGAUUUAAUAGUUGCUGCUUGUUACGAUUUAUCUGGUAUGGGUGAAGGUUUAUAUAAACCACCAUCAUAUGAAAAAAUCGAAGAUUUGCGUGAUCGUACAUAUAAAAAAAUUCAAGCUAUUAUAGCAUCAGCUGUUGCUAAUACUGAAGGAAAUGGUAAAGAUACAUAUUUAUUAUUAGGACCUAUUGGUACUGGUGCAUUUGCCAAUGAUAUAACAAUGAUAGCUGAAAUAUUUUCAGAAAUAUUAAAUGGACCAUUAAUGGAUUCUGAAAAACCUAUACGCUACGCAUUUGAUAAAAUUUGGUUUGUAUCAAUUGAUAAUCUGGAUGUAUUUGCUGAUAAAUUUAAAAAUGAAAUAUAA